UGAGUGCAAGGCAAGAGAUGCAGUCUGAGCUGUUUUUUUCCUCACGACGGUCCCCACUGGUUUGCCUAAACGGCUGCGUUGCCUCAAGUCAGCCCCUGGCGUCUGCCAUUGGUUUGGAUAUUUUGAAGAGAGGUGGGAAUGCAGCUGACGCAGCGGUUGCAGUGGCGGCUGCUCUUAAUGUAACAGAACCAUGUAGCACAGGUUUGGGUGGAGACGCCUUUUGCCUGUUUUAUGAUAGUCACACAGGACAGGUACGCGGACUCAACGGAAGUGGUAAGAGCCCAAAAGCUUUGACUUUGGAUGUAGUGGAAGGUUUUGGCUUCAGUAAGACUAGCCCACCCCCUUACUUCCACGCACUCAAUGUCACUGUACCUGGAGCAGCAGCUUGCUGGUGUGACACUGUCCAGCUGUUUGGGAGUAAAAAGCUCUCUUUAGCUGAAGUGCUACAACCAGCCAUAGAGCUAGCACAGGGGGGCUUUCCCGUGGCUGAGGUCACCGCCUUCCACUGGGCUGCCAGUGCAAAGGCUCUGAGAGAAGCUGGAAGAGACCUGUGCAAGAACUUCCUCCCCAGCAGUCAGCCGCCCAAACAUGGGCAAAUUAUUACCAACCCCGCCCUGGCAACAACUCUUCAGGAGCUGGCCAGGAGUGGAAAAGCAGCAUUUUAUACCGGGAGGGUCGCAGAGGCAAUCGUUGAUGUUGUAAGAGAGAACGGUGGGGUGAUGAGUUUGGAGGACCUGAAGAGUCAUUCCAGCCUAGAUAUAUCCCCCAUUUACACUGAUUACAAUGGCGUUAGGCUCUGGGAAAUUCCUCCUAACAGUCAGGGAAUGGCCGCACUCAUUGCUCUCAAUAUACUUGAAACCUUCGCCAUCAAAGAUAUGGAUCACAAUAGCGCUGACUACCUGCAUGUUUUAGCGGAGGCGCUGAAACUUAGCAUGACGGACACGUCUUGGUUCUGUGCUGACCCAGAUCAGGUGAAAGUACCUGUGGAGGGCCUGCUUUCCAAACACUACGCCAGCCAAAGAGCUCAACUCAUUCGCAUGGACAGAGUGGGAAGUGUGUGUGAGAGCGGGGCACCCAGAGGAAGUGACACAGUGUAUUUUUCGGUGGUGGAUGGGGAGGGCAAUGCCUGUUCCUUUGUCAACAGUAACUAUAUGGGGUUUGGCACUGGCCUGGUCCCCCAGAACUGUGGAUUCUCCUUACAAAACAGAGGUGCGAACUUCUCUCUGGACCGUUGUCAUGGUAACUGCAUCGGCCCAGAGAAAAGACCCUAUCAUACCACAAUCCCCGCCCUGCUGACGGACAGCUCCUCAGGGCGACUUCUCUGUUCCUAUGGGGUGAUGGGGGGAUUCAUGCAGCCACAGGGACAUGUGCAGGUGUUGCUCAACAUGCUGGAGUUUAAGAUGAAUCCUCAGGAGGCCUUAGAUGCUCCACGCUUGUUUGUGCAGUUCAACGAGGCCGAGAAGAAAUGGCAGCUGAACUUAGAGGCAGGUGUGGAGCAGGGUGUGGCUGAAGAGCUGAGGAGGCGUGGCCAUGCGGUAAACUGGCCUGUGGUUGGACACCAACGGGCACAGUUCGGACGGGGGCAGGUCAUCAGCGUGGGCGCGUGGUGGGAAACCGAAAACCCGGAGACAGCACGCAGGGUUCUCUGGGCCGGUUCCGACCCGAGAGCGGACGGCUGUGCCGUGGGGUAUUAGGAGUGUGAGGCGUCAGUAUGUUGCAGUGUGUUCAUUUACAGACAUCCAAAGGGCUGACUGACUUUUUUCACUUCUUCUCUUUAGCUUUAAAGUGAAUAUCUUUACAUUCACUCAACCAUAGACCUGAUAGAUUUAUUUUUUUUAUUUACAUUUCUUUAAUUUAGCCUUUAAUUUCUUUAUUUCAGCUGUACAAUAAUGCAGUAAACUUUUGGAGGGGUUGAUAUGUCUUUAAACCUAAAGAGAAUCUUUGAGGGUUAACCCAGGAGAUUAUUUUAUAGAUUUUUGGGGGAGAAAAGAAUGAAAAACUUGACAGUGGACUGGAGCGACAACAGGGGCUGUUUUUAAGGCUGGUUUAAUCAAGCUCUGUGUGGCACUCACAUGAUGCAGCUUAAAACUGCGGCUUUUUCGGGCUUCACAGAAACUCAACCGCCGAUUGCCUGUGUCAGACGCACACUCCUCAGCUCUGGCCAGUCACAUUCAACACAACCACAUGAUCGUAGCACUGGAGACAGAGAUGAGAGAUGUUUUGUUGUUAUAAAGAAUACUUUGUGACAGAUCCAAUGCACCAAAUGUACUUUCAAAUGUAAUUUCAUAUUGUUUUAAAACUUUACAUAAAAUCUUUUGGAUAAAUUAAGAUUAUAUUUAUGCACUUCAAUUCAUGUCCCAGUUGAUAUUUUUAUGUGUGUGUGUGUGUGUGGACCUUGAAAAUGCUUUGGCUUUGCUUUGAUGAUGUUUCAUAUAUCUCCACACUUCAGCUU